AUGAACAUUGAUGCGAGCCAACAUAGCAAUACUAUUCUGCAACACGUCGAAGAGCAAUUGGAAGCCAUGUCACCUUUGAGCUGUAUCUCACCAGACCCAGAAAGAUUCAGCAAGCUGGAGAGAUUAAGAGCCGCACAGUUGCGAGUAUUGGAUUUCAUGCGAUCUAUUGUCAAGAAGAGCAUGGGAUCGGAAUUAAAGAAGUUACUAUUACUUGAGCGGCCAAUCGAGAUGGAUAUCAUUCUAAUACGAGUGUGCCAGGAAACCGAGUAUUUCAGCGAGAUGAAAUGCUUGAAAACGGGAAGCAGUAUUAUGGAUCGGAAGAGCAAGCUAUUCAAAUGCUCUCCGUACUUGGACGAAGUAAGCAUACUGCGCGUCAAGGGAAGAAUCGACCUAAUAGAAGGAGUCGAAGUAAACCUAAAGCGACCCAUAAUCCUACCAAGAAGACAUCGAUUUACAUUUCUACUGGUUGAGUCGUAUCAUCGCCGGUACCAUCAUCUGUACGACGAGAUCGUGGUCAAUGAACUACGGCAAAAAUUCCUGAUAUUUGGUCUGAGAGCCUUGGUGAGAGAGGUUUCUCAAACUUGUCCAGCAUGCCGGAUGAGGCGCGCGCGUCCUAGGCCUCCAGAAAUGGGAAGUCUACCGCGCGAGCGUUUGGCGCACCACAUGGCGCCGUUCACCUAUACAGGAGUGGAUUACUUUGGGCCCAUCGACAUCAUCGUUGGACGACGUCACGAGAAGCGCUGGGGUGUUCUGUUCACAUGCCUCACAAUUCGUGCCGUACACCUGGAUAUUGCAACGUCAUUGUCAACCGACUCUUUUCUUUGUAUUCUAAAGGCAUUUAUAGCGAGACGUGGUUGCCCGCGACGAAUGAUGUCCGAUAAUGGAACUAACUUCCGAGGUGCGAGUAGAGUGUUAAAAGAUGAAGUGGAGCGUAUAUCGACCAGGGAUGUGGAGACCAAAUACCCAGAAAUGGAGUUCAUGUUCAUUCCGCCAGGCUCACCGCACAUGGGCGGUGCAUGGGAAAGAUUGGUACGCUCAACAAAGUCCAUUCUAACGGAGAUCUUGCCGCCUGGUGGAUUGCGAGAAGAAGUGCUUCGUGCUGCGUUGGCUGAUGUGGAGGUGGAAUUCGUGAACGAGACAGCGAAAUCCAUAACGGUGACAAGCUUGCCAAAGGAUUCAGAAUUUCGAGCCAGUUAG